CACAAGCACCGCCUUAUGUUAUGAUUGAUACAGGAAGUCGUAAAAGUGGGAGUGGUUCGAUUGCGUUCUUAGCUUUCCGAAGAUGAAAAGAGAUGUUUAAUCAUCGAUAAAACAUGUAUUGCCAAUAAAAAAUCAAGAAGAAGAGGAUAAAAUACCAGUUGGAGAAAUACCAAACGUUUCUUGCCAACCGCCAAUAAAAAUCAAGAAGCACAAAGAGAUGACAACCAAGACGUGCCUACCUCCUGCACCCCCACCCCCACCUCCGCCUCCAUCCAGUGGAAACCCGCCAUUUAGAGUCCCUCCUCCACCACGUCCUCAACAUGCCGCAGUGCCUUUUAGAUGCGGUGGUGCAAGGCUUCCAGUCCAAGAGACAGGCGACCAGGGAGACAAUUCACACAACUUCCAGCCAGAACACUAGUGCUCCACCCCAGCACACAGACAACAGCACACCUCCACCUCCACCUCCACAUGGAGAGGAGGACACAGAGACGGACGAGGGGAUGAAGCAACACCCAGUCCAGGAAACUGACCCCCCACCCCAGGUGUAUGAGAACCCACAGCCUGCUGAGACCCCAAAUCCUGAAGGAAACGUCAGUACGAUGGAUGAAGAUGAUGACAUUCAGCAUUCAAGAAGGGCUUAGGUUAUGUUAAACUGUGUUCAGAUGAAAUGAUUAUGAUUAUUCCCAUAGGGACAAAUUAGAGGCAUUGCUUUGGUCAGACCUUCUAAAUAUUGGGCUACAGUAAAACCGACACUGUUUUUACUCUGUUCACAGCAGAUCUUAUCUUUUUAAGAUGUUUUCUUACCCCACAGAUAUUUAACUACUGUGCAAUGUGGAAGUAAAUUUGAGCACGCUCGAUAACCUUGAAGCGCAUGAUUAGUCAGAGACAUCUUGCAACGGCACAAUGAGCUGUCCGUUUUCUUCUACUUUUCCUUCUCUUGCAGUUCCACAGGGGGACAGUUGGCUCAAUUUAUUUUGUGGAUAUAAUGCCAUUGAGAGCUACGCAUACUUUUUUUUUUCCAGCCAACAAAAGUGAAGAUGAGGGGCGUCAAAUGAAGGACAGACAGACAAGGACGCAUAACGCAAACGCUGAAGUUUGGUUUCUCCUCCGUUAAAUUCAUACUAGUAAAAAGUAAAAAAAGAAGAAAAAAAAAGUCUGUUUUCCGAGUAAAAAUUGCACAACUUCAGCUUCCACACUUUCAGCUAUUUAAAAAGUAAAAUUACAAAAGGAAUGUUAUUCAUUGCUUUUGAUCUAAUUAAAUACUAGGCUGGUAAUUAUGGUAGAUAAUGAACUUAUUUAUUUAUUUAUUAAACAUGCACAAGUUCUAAUGAAAAUGAUAUGUGUAACAGCAAACUAUUAUGUCAUAGAUCUUUAAGUUUUGAGGUACGGUAAAUGCAUCUUGACGCUGGAUUGUAAUCGAGAAAAAUAAUAAAAAAUAGAUCACCAAAGAAAAGAGUGUCAGAGUUGUGUAAUACUGGAUUUAAAGUGAAUUGUGUUUUUUUUUUGUUUUGUUUUUUUGCAGAGGGUAUUUACCUCUCAGAUUGAAAUUCAUGCUGUUGGUUUAUUUUUAUGUUAAAAUGCAGAUUGUUUUUUCUUUACUUCUUAUUCUCAGUUGCUUAUCAUCUUGUUUAAAAAACACACAAAGUUGAUAAAAGAAACUCAGUACUAGCUCAAACCAUGUUUAUUCUUGCUGUAUUAUAAGUGCAAUCAGACUCAGAACAUCUGGAGUGUGUGAACAUCUGUUUAGCUCAUAUUUUCAUACUUUGACACACCGUGUGUAAUGCUGGUCAGCUUUGUUUUGUUACAUGAUGAAUUUGUUUCACUUUGAGAAUUUUUGUUUAUGAAAGCAAAGUUUUUGCACAGGAGGAGAACUCAUUUUAAAGACAAAUUUAACAUUUCAAUAUGUUUUGUAGAGAAAAUCUGCAAUAAGUUAGUGACUUUCUUUGCAAUUGCAUUUCUAAAGAUGUUUUAGUUUGUCGAUAUAUUUUUAUUCAAUAUGUGCCUUUAGGAUAAAUUUUUUUCCACUGUCACUUGUGCAUGCAUAGGAUGGGAUAAUAAUGCAUUGAAGUAAAUAAUCGAUACUUUCCUUUAAUUUUUUUUGACUGAAUUGGACUGAGUAGAAAUGGAAUUUCUAUUCCUUGUGAGUUUCUCAAAAAUAACAUUUGUUGAGAAAUGUCAGUGAAUAAACUGAAUUAUUAAAUUUUACACUAUC